AUUGAUCGCGAAAUAACGCUCUUCUGUGAAAAUUUUCGCGUGAUAUGUAAGUGUUAAACAUGCAAAAAUCAUAGCUUCGAAACAUUUGCAUAAUUUUCGAUCAACUCGCAUUGGAUUGCGUAGUUAAAUUUUGAAAAUUGAUCGUCAUUCAGGUACCUACCUAUUACCACAAUUUAGUACCUAUUUAAAAAUUGUUGCUUGCUUGCAAGGAAACGAAGCGUCAGCUGGAAGAAAAAUCAACGUUCAAUGUAAAUACAAUCAUUUAUCAAUGUGGGAACUUUAGCCUUUGAGCAACCAAAAUGCCAACCCAAGAGCCAUAUUGCGUAGGAAUAAUUCAGGAAAUUGGCAAUCAUUAUGAAGAGAAUAUAUAUGUAAAUAUCACCAUACCGAUAUGUUUGGUAGGGAUGAUCUUGAAUCUACUCAACGUAUUGGUAUUAACAAGGAAAACUAUGAAUUCGUCGCCGAACCUAAUACUUGCUCAUUUGGCCUUUGUAGAUUUUUUAUAUUUACUAACAGAAAUUGUAAACUUUUGGAUGGAUUUCAUUCCCCCUAGAAGUGGUUUUGAUAUCGAAGAGUCUUACAUAAUGACAAUAGUUUUUUGGUACAGCGAUAUUUCAUCAUCCACGUUUCAGUUUAUAUCUGCAUUUCUGACAGUGCAGUUGGCUGCAUGGAGAUACAUAGCAGUAGUGCAUCCGUUGAAGGAACGUCAUUGGUGCAACAAGAAAAUGACUCGUAAUAUCGUGAUUGCUGGAUACAUUGUGUGCUGUGUUUUGUACGCUAUACCCUAUCAUUUAUCAUUUGAUAUUGAAGCGAGCACCAUACACGGAAAAGCACAUUACACAGUCAAAUUCGACCGACAUCCCACCAUGAACUCAAUAAGAAACGUCACUUACGGACUAGUGGUCAAAUUAUUACUAUCAGCUGUGCUAGUAGGACUUACUUCCAGAAUCGUUGUUACCUUAUUAGCCAGAAAAACUCUUCGCGAAGAAUUAACUUCAUCGACCAGCUCCCGAAGUAAUACAAAAAACGCUAAAAUGAGACAGGAAACCAAUAGAUCGACAGCGAUAUUAUUGGCAGUUGCAGCUCUAUUUUUCAUCGCCGAAUUUCCAAGAGGAAUUCUAUGGUUACUGGCAACGAUUAAUGAAGAUGAUUGGGACACAUGUUACUAUUCAUUGGUAUGGAUAUUUGAAACGAUAAUUAAUAUUAAUACAUCCAUCACAUUCAUGGUUUAUUACACUUUGAGUCAGCAAUUUAGAACCACAUCUAAAUCCUUGUUCAGUCGUAACCCGUGUACUAGUGUUUCUCAUCAAACACACGCUCCUCCUGCUUUGGGUGAUACCAAGGGAACAAACAGUUUCAAGAUGGAGAACUUCUAAAGUUUAAGUUAGCGGAAAUGUACAUUCUACUAAAAUGUUGAGGCUUCCUGAAAUUUGAUGAAAAAAAUUCAAUGGGAAAAAUCAUUAUUUAUUUAUUUAUUUAUUUAUUUAUUUACAAUUUAGGUCUCUCCAACAGCGUAAGCCAAUUACAGGAGAGACCGUUUAUAGCUAAGAGAUAAAACUAAAAAAGACCUGAAAAACUAUAACUUACAAAAACAAGAAAAAGAAAAAAAAUACCAUAAAAAAACCAGUAAGAAACAAAAGAAACAUUAGUACAUUAUCAAUAUAUAUGUAGUUCUUCUCAUUGAAAAAAAAAGUAAGAUAAGCAAAAAAAGAAAAUAAAAAGUACAAAAUCCAAUAGAAGAAAAACAAAAGAGUGAGGGCAAAAACCCAAACUUAAGGCAGAUAAAAGGGGGGGGGGAGAGGGGAAAAUAGAAAAAAAAGAGAAAAAAAAUCUGGGAUAUGAAAUGGCUCAUAAACAGCUCCCACUGCAUCCACGCUCCCUUUCCCAUGCCUUCUCCACCACACGCCUAAAAGCAGACCUACCCAUACUAUAGAUAUCGGCAUCCACACACCUACUGAGGAAAGCGUCAGAGAUACCCAUGAUGUUAUUCAUAGGGGACACCCUCAUCCUAAACGUACUGUAAUUGUGUAGAGAGAAUAUUUUUUUUUGCCUGGAGUGGAUCUUUGGGGCCCAGAAAUUAAUUUUUCCCAAAAGGUUACUAUCUUUUACAUUGCAGUGGAUGAGAUCAUAUAGGAACAUCAGUGCAGCUGUCUCUCUUCCCUUUAAUAGCAAAUCUACUUCAAACCCUUCUAAAAGCUCUUUUUGAGAUAUAUCAUGGGGAUAAUAUUCAAAAGUUUUAAAAUAUAGGUAUUUUAGAAAUCUGUUUUGAAUUUUUUCAAGCUCUUCCACAAAUUUUUUAGUAUGAGGGAACCAAAUUAGUACACCAAA